GGUCCGAUAAUGCGACCGAGAAGUCCUAAUAUUUACUGAUCUAUUAGUUCCUACAUUUAUUUUCUAUCCGCAAUUCUCCAGGAGACAAGACAUAUUGGUGGGUACGGCAGAAGAGUGUACCGUAGAGGUACUGCGGCCGGCAUUGAUCAUCGUUCAAGACGCCGAUAAUGGUAUCGACACGGGGGUUGCGCUAUAAAUUCAGCGAGGGCGAGCGCGUUCUCUGCUAUGAACCAGAUCCCACCAAAGCUAAAGUCCUGUACGAUUCCAAGGUAUUGGAAGUCAUAGAAAGCAAGGACAGGCGUGGCCGUCGCACCAUUGAGUACCUGAUCCACUUCCAAGGGUGGAACUCGUCAUGGGAUCGCUGUGUCAGCGAAGAUUUUGUCCUCAAAGACACGGAGGAGAAUCGACAGCUUCAGCGCGACCUGGCCGAAAAGUCUCAGCUACAACUAGGGGCCUAUUUGUAUCGGCGCGAGCGCAAGAAAGGAAACGGAAGCAGUAGCAGUACCGGUGGCGGCAGCGGCACCGGCACCGGAAGCGGAACCGGAACCGGAACCGGUACCGGCACCGGUACCGCCAAGCGCCCUCGCCUCGGUUUUAGUGAUGACGGCAGUUCUUCGAGUACUCAACCAGAGGGCGAGGAGGGCGAGACAGUUGAUACCGACUCAUCCGGAGAUGGUUCCGGCUCACAACCGGCAACUCCUCCGCCGUCUAAUGUUGGCCGUGCUCAUAUUACGCUUCCGUCGCCACUACGGGAUCGCUUAACUUUCGACUACCACUUAGUGGUGAAGCGGGGGCGGCUGUCGCGACUGCCGGCAUCUCCGUGCGCAGCCGAGAUCCUUGAGUCGUUUGUGAAAUGGUACGCGCGCGCCGGCGCCUGGCACCCCGCUCGCAGCCGCCACGAUCCACCGCAAAAGCCUGACAUGCUUGACGUUUCCUGUAGACUGAACUUAGUGCGAGAAGUAGCAGAUGGCCUUCGUGUAUACUUCGAUUUCAUCCUUCGCGGACACCUUCUGUACAAACAAGAACAUGAGCAGUACCACGAAAUUUGCGGAAAAUUCUUAGACGCCCAAGAUAUCAUGAAUCCAGAAGAUCAUGAAUUAUUCAUGAAGCUAGAUCACGAUAAGGCGGUGGCUGCAACUGAUGACAUUAUGAAGAGUCCAAUUGCGGAAUACUCACACUUGCCACCAGCCCCUCUGGACCCUUUUAAGAAUUUAUUGGAAGCAACAGGACAGAGUGAUCUUGCAGCAUUCGGCCACCAUAAGAAACCAACGAGCACUAUUCAAAGCAGUCACGAGGAAGUGAAGAUCAAGCAAGAGCCCGUCGAUAAGGCAACUAUCCUCGCCCUUGCUGCAGUCAAGAUUGAGGCGCCCCCGAGCAAGCCCGAAGUUCCCGCCGGCGACGAGACUCUCAGCGCACCAGCCGCGGCUGGCAAGAUGCGAGAAGGACGUUCAGCCCUGCGCAUUGGAAACGUGGCUAGGCGGCUUCGAUCUCACAAAUCUGCUGUAUCGCAAUCUGAAAACGAAGAACCUACACCAUCCACAUCUACUGGUGAACCGCGCACUUUUGAGACUGUCUCCUCAAGUGUGGGCAGCAGCGGAUCUUCGCUAAGCGAGGGUUGGGCUCGGCCGACACAGGCGGCGACGGCUGCGCCCACUACAACGCGAACACCUCUAUCUCUCUUACUGGAAAAGGUGGCCAAAUGGCAGAUAAUCCCACGAAAUGGUACAGACCACCUACCUUGUCGCGUGUACGGCGCGAUCCAUCUAGCCAGGCUGUUCGUCAAGCUGCCAGAUUUCCUCAACGCUACGCAGAUGCCCGAUUACAAACUCAAGAUGCUCUUAAAGCACAUUGACAUGUUUGUUCAGUAUUUGGAUGAGAACACAGAAUGGUUCGGAGAAACGUAUUACAUAGCAGAUAACUCGUCUCGAUCACACUAGCAUAGGUUUCACUUGAUAACUGGACCUACAAGAAAGUUGACACCCCCUCCAUACACUCCAAAACUCGAAGAUCAGAAUAUUCAGAUUGAUCAGAAUAACCAGUGUUAAAAGAGUGUAAGUGUGGUGGACUUUGAAUUGGGACUAUGUAAGGUGUGUGAAUAGAACUUUUGAUAUGCUUGUUUUAUAGGUCCGGUGUUUCAGGUUUUUGCCAAAUAUUCGUAUUUACUUAAAAAUGCAAUGACGCCCUGGUAUUUAUUGCAAAUCUAGGUGCAAGAAAUAAGUGUAACAUGGAAUAUUAAGUAAUCAUUAUUAUUGUUCUAUCAUAUGAAUAUUAUGAUGUCGUAUAAUCAGUGUCUAAUUGGUGUUUUCCCUUAUGCGCAUGCCAGUGUCAAGUAUAACUGGGUAUUUCAAUUUUCAAGUUUUACAUAAAUGUAUGUGUAUCUGUUUCGUAAAUAAGUUAUAUAUGACUUACGGUAUGAGCUUUAAUUUUCUUUGCGCAGGUAUUAAUAUCAAAAAAUAAAUAAACAAUUAU